AUGAACAAUCAAUACAUCCACUGGGAAGUCUUCUGCUGUGAAACCUGCCGCGAACUCAAGAGAUACUGUGAAAAAGAAAUCAGCAAACAGACUUGCUACCGAGAGCUGGAGGAGGAUCGCCAGGGAAGGAGCGCCCUGAGAAAGCUCUGGGAAGAAUGGAAGCAGAGGCUGGAGAAGAGCCUGAGGGUGCUGGACAGUCCAGAUGAGAAGGUGAAGCUGACUGACCCUGUGCACUGA